AUGCCGUCAGCCCGUGUGGCCGAUGGCUCGUCCACCACUUCACUCCCAUCACUUAAAUCAGCUCCAUCGCUUGAGUUCAAGAAUUUCAAGAUUAAAACAGCUGAAGAUAAUGCAAGAGAUUUGGCUCGUUACCGAAUUUUGCUUAAAAGAAGAGCUGAUGUCGAGGUGAUGUUAGUGGAAAGACUCGCGAGGCUUAAAGAAGUCUGUAUACAAGAAGGGGAUUUGAUUGGUGAAAUGCCAGACGAGAUCAAAAUGGCCUUAGCACCCGGUGAAGAGCCGCCAAAACUGAAGAGGCGAAUCGGCACAUCUUUUCAAUUGCCUAAAGAAUUGUUGAAAAGUCAAAAGGUCGAUGCCAUCUCCCAACUUGAAGCGGACGUUGAACUGCACAAGAGAAUCGUCGCCGCCGCCGAUAGAUUGGCCAAAGAUCACAAAACGAAUAAGAGUGUCCGUAAGAAGCGUCAAAAGGAUUUGCAAGCGGCGGCAGCUCGGUUGAAAGGAAUGGAGUUGCAGUUGUCACAGAUGCGAUUCUCCGCUUCAAAGCCCGAUAUCUCGACUGAUGCCAAUCAUAAUGAAUGGAAAACUCGAGUCUCAGCAUCAACAAAUCGAAUGAUGGCUCAAUCUUGUCCGACAACGCCUCGUGGAAGUGUGCCGGAUUUAAGAGAUGAAAAUGGAGAGAAAAAACAUCUUGAUCACAAUUGUCGAAAGCAAUUGCCAUUAUAUGAGAAUGUUGGCUAUCGAUCGUCAGCUGCCUACCAAAGCGCCUAUCGACAAUCGCACUAUCCAACAUUGCAUGAACAACAAAUCUCUCGCCAGCGUGCCAAAUCCGAGCACUCUUUACACAACAAUCCUCAAGUUUUAAACGCCGAUUGGACCCCGAAAAAAGUACAGCAACGGAUAAUCCAAGCGCCAAUAAUUCAACACAAUGGUUCUCCGAAUCCAUUGCCUCUAUCACCUCAA